CCUUUCACGCCGGCGCCAUCCAGGCCAGCCCCGCCGGGGUCCUCCUGUCUCCAAGGCGCCCUUGAGUGGGUCACAAGGUGGAGCUCGGGCUCGGUGGGCGAGCGAUCGGAGGGGAGUCGGCAUGCCGGUCGCGAGGUCGCAGGAAAGGGAGGGAGACGGACGUCUCCUUCCUCCAAUCGGAAGACGGGAUGCCUAGGCGCCGGCCAAUAGGCGCGGGGCGCGGCCUAGCGAGCGGAGCCAGCUUUCUGAGGGCUUCUCCGCCGCGAGAAGAAAGCAAGGAGACCGGGCGGGCAGGCGGGGAGCGCGCCGCACCGAGCCGGGCCGCCCCACCUUCGCCCCACAGCCCCCCGGGCUUCCGCUCGGGCCGCGCCACCGGCUGGAGGGCCGCGGGAACAGGCUUCGUCAGCAUCCCUCUUCACCUGUGCAUUUUAUAGUGAUUUCAUGGAGUUGUUUCAUGCUAUGCAUUGGAUCUUUAGUGGGCAUUGACUGGUCAGUGAGGCGUUGGCAGGAAUGUUCCAUCCACUUCAAUGGAGGCCCCCCUCCAGCUUUUAUUCUCUGUACGCUAACUCCGCCCGCUUCAUCAGCUACGAAGGGAAACCCCCCGGGUGCCUGUGGUGGAAUGAGACGUUCCUGAAGAGCAAGUACCGGUGGCUGCUGACAUGGCUCCGGAAAGGCUCAGAGCAAGACCCGCAGCAGAAGAGCCUGCUGUCCCUGCUGGCCAGUCAGUGCAGCUAUGUGACCAGCCAGAGAAUCAGGCGUGCUCAGCAGAUUGCGCAGCUGUACAGUAACAUUUACUCCGAGCGGGCGCGCAAGAGUCUCUUUUCUUCCUUGUGGCGCCGGUUCCAGGGUCAUCAUGCCAACGCCUGCAAGCUGAUGGCAGCCCUCACCGGAGUGUUCCUGUGGGAAGAGGAAAGGAUCAAAGAAGAAGAGCUGAAGAGGUCUGUGCAAGAAAUGAAACACAUGCAAGAAAUCUCUAGAUUCUUCCAGAGCAAUGAGGAAGAAAACCAGAGGGAGGAGCUGGAGCAAAGCACCUACCAAGCUGUCUCAUCUGAUCCUGAAGAGGAGAAUUGGGAAAUGGUGGUUGAGAAGAAGCAUUUCAAACUAUGGAGGCGUCCGGUUGGCGGAGGUCAUGUGUACCAGUAUCGAGUUUUUGGAACGUACACAGAUGUGACACCAAGACAGUUUUUCAACGUGCAGCUGGACACAGAAUAUCGGAAGAAAUGGGACUCGCUAGUUAUCAAACUGGAAGUGAUUGAGAGAGACCGGGACACGGGCUCAGAGGUGGUGCACUGGGUCACUCACUUUCCUUACCCAAUGUAUUCACGGGAUUAUGUUUACGUUCGACGGUACGAUGUGGACCGAGAGAACAAUCUGAUGGUGCUGGUGUCACGAGCCGUUGAACAUCCAAAUGUCCCAGAAGAUCCUGAAUUUGUCCGUGUCAGAACCUAUGAGUCACAGAUGGUUAUCCAUCCUCACAAAUCAUUUGAUGAGAAUGGCUUUGAUUACCUGCUAACAUACAGUGACAACCCACAAACGGUGUUCCCUCGGUACUGUGUCAGCUGGAUGGUUUCCAGUGGCAUGCCUGAGUUCUUGGAGAAACUGCACUCGGCAGCCUUGAAGGCGAGGAACAUGGAGAUUGCUGUGAAAGACUAUAUCGCCACUUCCAAAUCCUGGGACAGUGGGGGCGAGAACAGCAACGGGGAAGGGAAGACCAGCGUGCCCAGCCAAGACCAUAAGAAUGAAGGAGCCCACAGCCCUAUUCAGAUAGACUAUGCUUAAAGGAGAGGGCUCGGCUUGCAACGUUGCCAGCCCACGCCUCUUACUCCAGGCUGUGAAAGAAGACCAAGGAGAAGGAUGUCUUUGGCAUCUCAGUCACCUCGGCCUGCGUCUGUCCUCCUCUUCCUCCCCGUCCUCUGCCACGUCUCCUCCCUGAAAGAAAGAAACACCGUCAGCCCUGGGAAGCCAGGCUCGGCCAUCUUGAAAAACAGUUUUGUGCGGCCACUUCUGCGUAGUGAUCUUAUUUGCUCUAGCCCUGGGGUGGGCGGGGGGUGUUUGCUGGAGUAAAGCAUUACGUUCUUGGGGGGGGGGACUCAUUCCUUCCUCCCUGAAUACUUGAGGCUCCCUGCAAGCCAUUUGGGACAAUGCUCAGCAGAGUUCCAGGUUCUGGCCUCUUCCCUUUUUUUGUAGAGAUUAAUCGCCUCGCAGCAGCUGCAGCCUGGUGUGAGACCAGCCAACCGUUUACAGCCCCAGCGCUGGUUCCUGCAAUCUCAUGAGACUCCAAGGCUUCUUUCUGGCUUCCUGUGGAUGUGUCUCCGUUAACCCUGUGCUCUGCUUACAGAGGAGCUGCUUUGCUGACAAAGUGCCUUUCCUUUUUCCCGAGGCACAACUGAAGGCCACCUCUUGGGCCACUGGAAGCGGGCAGCGGCCCUGUUGAGAGCCCCUUGGCAUUAACGUCCAGGCUAUUGCCCGUUGUUACGUCUCUGUCCACCGAGUGAAGGAAGGCCACGUUUUUGUCUCUCCCUCCUCCCCUUUUAGAACUGACCACCUUGGCUUAUUUCCUCCACUUCCAAGUGGAGGGAAAUGGGAUUAUUUCUCAAUCUGGCGACAUCAACAAUAGUACGCUCUCAACCGUCCAAGGACGUCAUCUCUGAAUUGGGGCAUAAGAGUUUAAAGCAAAAGGAGGACCUGUCUGCACUCGUCUUCGUCCAUGUUGGCCCAAGGCGUCCAUUUGUCAUAUUGGAGCUGGAGAGUCCUGCUUGGUGAUAGGCUAGCUAGCCAGCUUCCUGGGUGGCCAGUGUAAGGAAGAGGAAGUGAGGGUACAAUUUUUCCCUUUUCAUACGAGCGCCAGAAUGCACAGCGUAAGAAUACAUGUCGUAGGUGAGAACUCCCCAAAUGCCUUUGCCUCUUUGGUGUAAGGUGGUGGUGGAGGGAACAGCCUGUAACAGCUGCUUCACUUGGAGCAAGGAAGAUGAUUAACCCUGAUGCAUGUUUCUUUCCAAAGUGGUUUGGAAAGCUUGGCACCCUGUGGCCAUGUUGACAAGAGAUGGUGGGAAGCAAAGCAGGGAAAACCUAUUUUCCAGCUUGUUUCGAGUUGAUUUUCUUCCAUAAGCUCAAAUGUACUAAUUCAAGGGUCUCCAACACUAGGCCACUUUAAUAUUUGUAGACUUCCAACUCCCAGAAUUCCCCAGUCAGCGGAUUCUGGGAGUGAAGUCCACAUGUGGCCAAGUGUUGGAGAUCCCUCUACUAAUGGACUGAAUUUCAAUCAAACUUCCCAAGGGUGCCUUGUGAUUGGCCAGCGUGCCACAUGGGGCCUCUCACACACCUUGCUCUCUGGCUGCUAGGCUCACGAGCGUGUCCUGUGUAAAGCACAGAACACACACUUAACAUCCAUUGUCCAAGCCCAGGCAUGCUUGUGUGGUGUUUCCCACGAGUGGAGUUUUCCCAAAAUGGGUCACUGGCAGCUGCAUGAUGCUGAGGCAGCAAGAGGCUUCAUCUCAUUUCCCCCAUAUGUAUAUAUAUGGUUCCUCAGAAUCAUUUCUGUGCCAACGGGGGGGGAAUGGUAGCCUCCCAUUCUCUUCUGCUUUGUGCAUUUCUGGUUGUGAUCUUUUUUUUAAAAAAAUAAUCUAUGAGUUGCAGGAAACGGGAAGCAGAGGCCGGUGUUUCUCAACCUGGGCAACUUUUAAGAUUUGGGGACUUCAACUCCCACAGUUCCCUAACUAGCACCCUGGCUGGGGAAUUCUGGGAGUUGGAAGUCCCCUUAUCUUAAAAUUGCUAAGGUUGGAAAACAUUCUGAUACAGGCUGUCUAACAAGAGCUGCUCAUCAGGGAUGGCAGGACUUUGGUGCGGGAGUAGCGGUCAGGAAAUAUUGUAAGUGCACGGCGAUUGUCCUCGUCCAGGGACCGUCUUAAUAUAAGGACUGAGUGAUUUAUGUUUUUAUUUCAACUAAUGUUUUUAUGAGAACCAAACAUCAAUAAAUGUAACUCAUUGGUGCUCUCA